AUGACAAACGCACUGCCUGAGGCGGAGGCCGAGCUCGAGGCAUUCCGCCAACGAUGGCGGGAAGAGGUGACGGCCAGGAACAAAAGACCUGGCAUAGCAGCCCGCGAGGCCUCCAGCACUGGACCUGAAUCUGGAUACAAAGGAACGCGACAGUCACGAGAUACGCUUUCAUCAAGUACGAAUACAGCACAACCGACGGCAGGUUCGUCUACUGCUCGACGGAAAGAUGCUUCGGACUUCGAGGAAAUUGUAGAACCCAAAGCAUACCAUGAUCUACCAGACAAAGACGAAGUGCUUAGACUGGGCGUGGAAGGCCAAGACCACAAUAGAGCCGCCUUGUUCAGAGAGCCGAGUACAGCCCUUGAGCAUUACGAACGAGCAGUCGACAAAGAGACAAACGGUCAGCUCGGAGACAGUAUAGCACAUUACCGCAAAGCAUUCAGGCUCGACUCGGGCGUCCACGAAGCCUACAAGAAGAAGCACUUCCCACCUUCCUCCUUUGUCAAGCCCAAACCUGAGCAGAUCAACCCGUCGAAUGCUUCUGUGACGGUACCCAAUACCGCCCACCACUCCCUGCAUGGUAGUACGGAUGUCCUGCCACGGACGCUUAAGCAGCUAGUUGAUAGCUUCUCGGCCUUGCAGAUUGAGCCGCCGCCUCCUGCGACCGAAGCCUCGCCAGCCGGGCGCUCGAGGAUCGCAGAGCUACCGGAAGAAAUACUGACGCAGAUCCUCCUCAACCUGGGUCUGAAGGAUGUGGCAUCAUUCGCGCGUCUCGCUCAAGUAUGUAAGCGACUGGCAUACCUAGUCUUGACCGAGGAUGCAAUCUGGAGGCGAAUAGCCGUCGGAGAGGAGUUUGGCUUCGCAGCCAUGAAGUACGACUACACCUGCGACAUCGAAGGUUUCCCCCUCGACGCCAACGACGCGAUCUCGCAAUACCUCCUCACCCACGACUCGCCACCCGAGGACCCCACCACCAUCCUCCCCUCCCACGAAGACCGCGCUCUAGCCUUCUCAGAUCUAACCACCCACCUCCUCCACUCAAUCUACGCCUCCUCCUGGCGCCAACUCUUCCGCUCUCGGCCCCGGCUAAGGUUCAACGGCUGCUACAUAAGCACAGUAAACUACACACGCCCCGGCGCCACCAACACCAACUCCUUGACCUGGGGAAGUCCAAUCCACGUAGUGACCUACUACCGCUACCUCCGCUUCUUCCGUGAUGGAACAGUAAUAAGUCUCCUCACCACCACCGAACCCGCAGACGUAGUCCAUCACCUCACACCCCAAAAUAUGAACAUCCACGCCCAUCACCGCGCUGACAGCCUCCUACCCAGCGCCGUAAUGAAAGACGCACUCCGCGGCCGCUGGCGUCUCUCCGGGCCCGCAAGCCUGACCAAAGAACCCUUUGACCCUUUCCAUCCCGAGCGAGAGCUCAGUGAGCCCGAGGGUGAAGUUCAUAUCGAGACUCAGGGGGCGACGUCAAAGUAUACUUACAGGAUGCUGCUGCAGAUGUCGCAUGCGGGGAAGGGGGCGAGGAACAAUAAGUUGGCGUGGAAGGGGUUUUGGAGCUGGAACCGAUUGACGGACGAUGUGGGGGAGUUUGGGCUGAGGCAUGAUAAGGCGUUUUAUUGGAGUCGGGUUAGGAGUUUUGGGAUGGGGUUGUAA